AUGGUCUCCGUGCAAGAACGCCUACUUCUCGAACGCCUUGCAAAGGUCAGGCGCAAACGCUCUGGAGACAUCUGCCGGAAACCAAGCAAGAAGAAGCGUGCGUCGAGGAAGCUACUGGCUUCUGAGAAGCAGGAGCUGAAGCGUGCGCGUGCGGAACGUCGAAGAACCAUCGAUGACGCGUUGGCCGCAGCCCACGAGGCAAUGUGGGAGCACGCAGAAGCCAUGGCACGACAGUUCGAGAAGCACGACGCCGAACAUUACCUCAGCAUGAUCCUGCAGAGGCCCACAAAGCAGCUCGACACUCGAGCCCUCAACCGCUGGAAUGCCUUUCUUCAUGGCGAGGUCACACGCAUGAACAGUGAGCUCCCUGAAGGGACUGAAAAAUACACCUCCCCUGAUACUGUCAAGGAGCUGCGGGAGAAGUGGCACGCGAUGACGCCGGAGGAGAAGACGGCCGCGACGAAGGACGCGAUGGAGGAACUCGAGGAGAUGCGCGAGCGGAAGUGCUUUGGGACACACAGCACGAACGUGGCCGCGUUUCACGAUGCACGCCAAACGAUUCCGAUGUUGGAGCACGAGUGUGACAAAUUGCGCGACCGAACGCGCAUCCAGACCUUCUUUGUCGCAUUCCCCUCCGACCCUGAUUCUUGGCUCAAGCCUUACGUAUAUUGGAGCACUCAGGGCAUCGCCGACUUUAUGCAAGCUGUGUUCAAGAUGUCGCCGGAGGACUUUGCAAUACGAGGGGCUGCAUACUUGACGUCAGGAGUCUCAGGAGUGGUUCUAAACCACUCGCAGUGUACAUUGGCUGCGAAAGCCAACCUCACGGUGCUUGUUAAGCGCCUCCUAAACAGUGUUUCGCCGAAGCCCAUCCCGCAGGUCAAGUACAUGAACUUUGCAGAAAACAUGACGAAGCCGCACGGUAUGAUCGUGAAGAACUAUCCUCCCGGUGUCAAGUUCUGUGCACCGAGCCACUUAAGCUCCCUCGCCGAGGUCGAGCUGGUCACGACGGCCUGGGAAACCGGUACGACGUACUGGUACCACCUCAACGAAGAGGAGCAUAAGCAAUGGAAGAAGGAAUACAAUGCGGCGGCCCUUGCCAGCGCGUAUGCCGCGAACGAGAAGGGAGCUAACGAAACUACCGCUGAGCCUGAGGACGACGCCGCUACGCCCGCCACCAUGCCCGCCACCACGCCCGCUGGGUCGGCCGCUGGGUCGAGUAGUCCCACCACGGACGAUCAUGCGACGUCUGCCCACAGCGCAGCGCCAUCCUCCUCGAGUCCUGCUCCCACCGUCACCUCUGCUCUCGCCACUGCCGCCUCUGAUCCUGCCACCGUCGUUGCCGCCUCCGGCCCUGUCACUGCCGCUGCCACCGAUCCCGCCGCUGCCACCGAUCCCGCCGCCGCCGCCACUCCCUCCGGCCCCAUCGUCGCUGUCCCCAUCCCCACGGCUGUUACAUCACCUGCCGCUCAUGCCACUAUACCGUCCAAUGCCACACUUCCUGCCAGUGCAGGUGGGGACCUCGCGACGCCACCGAAGAAGCGUGCUUGUGCCGCAGACGGAAGCAAAACAUCGGCGAAGGCGAAGAAACAGAAGACAUCGGGGCCAAAACCCCAAGCGGGCUUCAUCAACCACGGCUGCGUGGUUGAUGAAAACGGCCGACCUGUGGCCUUCGAGACGACACAGCGGAAGCCUCGCAAGAAGGAGACGCAGCCGCGCAAGCGUACGAAGAAGCAGGCGAAAACGUCGUCGCCAGCCACGUCGUCGCCGGCCACGUCGUCACCAGCCACGGAGGAGCCUCCUCGCGGUGACGGCUCACCAGCGGGCCCCUGA